AGACUAAGAAAUGUGUUUUAAGUAAUCAGCUUAAUGUGAGAGAAUGAAGAUAGAACGUACCACAAAGUUAUGUGGCAAAUUGAUAAAGAUUCUCAAGCUGUAUUGGCCUCCAGCAAAUAGGCUAGGCUUAUUGUUUUAUGCCGUUCAGCCAAGAACACCAGGAACACUCUUGUAAUUUAACAAGUUAGGUUUACUUUUUGUUGCAGGGAGGGAGGAGUGUUCACUGUAGGGAAACUGUAAGGCACAUAUCAGUAAGAGGAUAUUAGAAAAAGCCUAGCAUAAGAUUUGGUUAUAGUAUAGUACAGGUUGGGUUAAUUUGGGGAGAGUUUAAGGAAGUCAAUCCUUACGGUGGAUUGGGUGACAUCAGGAAAUGGGGGCAAUUCUAUACUUCAGCAUCUUAAUAAAUCUUAUCUAUAUAAGGAGGACAGACUAUUGUGAGGAUAAAGCUGUAAUUUGUAAACAAGUUACUGUCGCUCAUUUAGUGGGUGUUGGGGGUAUUGGUAUUUUGUGGAUUGCACAGUGACCUUGCCUGACUUGAAUGUUCAGUGAGAUGGUUUUAUGUCCCACAGCAGAACAACAUGGCUUAGCUGCAAGUACCAGACUAGUUUUAACAACAUUGAGCCUUAGUUAUAUCAGUUAAGCCCAGACAUCAGGGGCUGCUUUUUUUUUUUCUCAGGCCAAAGCAAGUGUAUGCUGCUAUCAUUCCUAUUGGUGAUGGUGAUGGUGAUGAUUCACAAUGGAUAGUAUAGAAGAACCUCAGAAAAAAGUCUUUAAAGCACGAAAAACGAUGAGAGUGAGUGAUCGUCAACAACUUGAAGUAGUGUACAAGGUCAAAGAAGAACUUUUGAAAACUGAUGUCAAGCUGUUAAAUGGCAACCACGAAAAUGGAGAUUUGGACCCAACCUCACCUUUGGAAAAUAUGGAUUAUAUUAAAGACAAGGAAGAGGUAAAUGGCAUUGAAGAGAUUUGUUUUGACCCUGAAGAAAGUAAAACAGAAUGGAAAGAAGCACCCUGUAUCCUAAAUGUUAAUAUAAAAAAGAAGCAAGAUGAUGGUUUAAAUUGUGAACCUUUGUCUCCUAAUAAUGUAACUCCUGCACCAGUCUCUAAACCGACUGCUGAACCAGCUUCUGGAGAUCUAGCCGCUGGUGAUCUGACUGCUGGAGAUCUAGCCUCUGGAGUACUGGCCUCUGGCGAUCCCACUUCUGGUGAUCCCAUCUCUAGUGAUGGCUCCCCUGGUGAUCCCGCCUCUGGUGAUGGCUCCCCCGGUGAUCCCCCCUCUGGUGAUUCCCGCUCUGGUGAUUCCUGCUCUGGUGAUGCCACCUGUGGUGAUACUGCCUCUGAUGAUGCCACCUCUGGUGAUGCCAGUUCUGGUGAACUCGUCUCUGGUGAACUGGUCUCUGGUGAUAGUGCCUGUGAUGAUUCAGCCUCUGGUGACCUGGCCCCUGGAGCACUGGCCUCUGUUGAUUCGGGGUCUGUAGCACCAGCCUCUUGUGAUCUGGCCUCUGGUGAUCCAGCCUCUGGUAAUCCGGCCUCGGGUGAUCUGGCCUCAGGUGAUCCUGCUUCUGGUGAACUUGCCUCUGAUGAUCUGGCUACUGGUGAACUGGCCUCUGGUGAACUGACUUCUGAAUCAGCCUUUGAUCCCACCUUUGAACCAAGUUCUAUACCAGUUUGUGACCCAGUUCCUGCAACUGACAAUGUAGAACCAAGUAGCAAUAAUGAUGAUGAUUUUCUUGAAAAAAAUGGGCAUGAUGAAAAGUUAGAGCAAAUUCAAAGUGAGGACUCAAUUGAUGAGAAAAAUAAAGCUGAUAGUAAUCUUGAUGCUAAUGAAGAAGCCCUUGAAACAGAUGGUACAAUUAUUUGUUCAGAUCUACCUCCUGAAAAUGAAAAGAAGGUAGAGGAAGAUACUAUUACAGAGCUUGCUCUUAGAGAAGAGGCUAUAUCAAGCAGUAUGGAAAUUGAUCAAAGUGAAAAGAAUGAGGAUGAAAAUUCUUCAGACCUUGUAGAAACCAUUAGUGAAAGUGUUAUAAAAGAUGACAAAAAUGAGAAUAUCUUAGAAAAUACUGAUUCUAUGGAAACAGAUGAAAUCAUUCCUAUUUUGGAAAAGCUUGCACCUGCUGAGGAUGAACUUACCUGCUUUUCUAAAACUUCUCUCCUCCCAAUUGAUGAGACGAAUCCAGAUUUGGAAGAGAAAAUGGAUGGUUCUUUUGGUUCACCAUCUAAACAAGAAAGUAGUGAAAGUUUGCCAAAAGAAGCCUUUUUGGUCCUCUCUGAUGAAGAGGAUAUUUCAGGUGAAAAAGAUGAGUCUGAAGUUAUAUCACAGAAUGAAACGUGCUCUCCAGCAGAAGUAGAAAGUAAUGAAAAGGACAGCAAACCUGAGGAAGAAGAACAAGUAAUACACAAAGAAGAUGAAAGACCUUCUGAGAAAAAUGAGUUUUCCAGAAGAAAACGUUCUAAAUCAGAGGACAUGGACAACGUACAGUCUAAACGUCGACGAUAUAUGGAAGAAGAAUAUGAGGCAGAAUUUCAAGUAAAGAUUACAGCCAAAGGAGACAUUAACCAGAAACUUCAAAAGGUUAUGCAGUGGUUGCUGGAAGAAAAAUUGUGUGCGCUACAGUGUGCUGUAUUUGAUAAGACUUUGGCAGAAUUGAAAACACGAGUGGAAAAGAUUGAAUGUAACAAGAGGCAUAAAACAGUUCUUACGGAACUGCAGGCCAAGAUAGCCAGGUUAACCAAACGGUUUGGAGCAGCCAAAGAAGAUCUUAAGAAAAGACAAGAAAAUCCACCAAACCCACCUCUAUCACCAGGAAAGUCUGUAAAUGAUGUCAACAGCAAUAAUGCAAUGCCUUACAGAAAUGCAGGCACAGUGAGACAGAUGCUGGAGUCCAAAAGAAAUGUAAGCGAGAGUGCACCACCAUCCUUUCAAACGCCUAUGAAUACAGUAUCUUCAACCAAUCUUGUCACUCCUCCAGCAGUUGUCAGUAGUCAACCUAAAUUGCAGACUCCAGUGACCUCAGGUUCUCUGACAACGACGACAGUUCUUCCUGCACCCAACACAGCUACAGUAGUUGCUACUGCUCAGGUGCCUAGUGGAAAUCCCCAACCUACAAUCUCUUUACAACCUUUGCCAGUGAUUUUGCAUGUACCUGUUGCGGUAUCUUCCCAGCCUCAGCUACUACAAAGCCAUCCAGGGACUUUGGUGACGAAUCAACCAUCUGGCAAUGUUGAAUUCAUUUCUGUGCAAAGCCCACCUGCAGUGAGUGGUCUUACCAAAAAUCCAGUAUCCUUGCCAUCCUUGCCAAAUCCCACCAAACCAAACAACGUUCCUUCUGUGCCCAGUCCUAGUAUUCAGAGGAACCCUCCUGCCAGUGCUGCACCAUUAGGAACAACACUUGCUGUACAGGCUGUUCCAACAGCACACUCUAUUGUACAAGCCACAAGGACUUCUUUACCCACAGUAGGUCCAUCAGGACUCUAUAGUCCACCAAAUAAUCGAGGUUCUAUACAGAUGAAAAUUCCAAUUUCUGCAUUUAGUACUUCAUCUCCUGCAGAACAGAACAGUACUGCCACCCCAAGAAUUGAAAACCAGACAAACAAAGCAAUAGAUGCUUCUGUUAACAAGAAAGCGGCUGAUAGCACAUCACAGAGUGGAAAACCUGCUGGCAGUGAUUCAGGUGGUGUCAUUGAUCUCACAAUGGAUGAUGAAGAGAAUGCAGCUUCUCAAGACCCCAAAAAGCUAAAUCACACUCCUGUAUCAACCAUGGGUUCUUCUCAGCCUGUGUCACGACCAUUGCAACCCAUACAACCAGCACCGCCUCUUCAACCAUCUGGGGUACCAACAAGUGGACCAUCUCAGACAACCAUACACUUACUACCUACAGCUCCAACUACCGUGAAUGUAACACAUCGUCCAGUAACUCAGGUGACCACAAGACUCCCUGUACCAAGAGCUCCUGCAAACCACCAAGUGGUUUAUACAACUCUCCCAGCACCACCAGCUCAGGCUCCCUUGAGAGGAACUGUUAUGCAGGCUCCUGCUGUUCGGCAGGUCAAUCCCCAAAAUAGUGUUACAGUUCGAGUGCCUCAAACAACAACGUAUGUUGUAAACAAUGGACUAACCUUGGGAUCAACAGGACCUCAGCUCACAGUGCAUCACCGACCACCACAAGUGCAUACUGAGCCCCCACGCCCUGUGCACCCAGCACCCUUACCAGAAGCCCCACAGCCACAGCGUCUGCCCCCAGAAGCUGCCAGCACAUCUCUGCCUCAGAAGCCACACUUGAAGUUAGCACGAGUUCAGAGUCAAAAUGGCAUAGUACUAUCAUGGAGUGUCCUGGAGGUGGAUCGAAGCUGUGCCACUGUUGAUAGCUACCAUCUCUAUGCUUACCAUGAGGAACCCAGUGCCACUGUGCCCUCACAAUGGAAAAAGAUUGGGGAAGUAAAGGCACUUCCCUUGCCUAUGGCAUGUACUCUCACCCAGUUUGUAUCAGGCAGCAAAUACUACUUUGCAGUACGAGCCAAGGAUAUUUACGGACGUUUUGGACCUUUCUGUGAUCCUCAGUCAACAGAUGUGAUCUCUUCUUCCCAGAGCAGUUAAACCUUGGAGCCUUUAUCUCUUCCUCUUUUAAAAGUUCCACUUUUGAUCUUGUUUUUAAUCUUGUGCAUGAUACCCAAUGUAAAAUUCACAUUGUGCAAGAUUUCUUGGACAGAUGUGUGUAUACACUACAUUUGUUUAUAACCAGAAGUAAAAUAAACUCAGCCCACAAAGCAAGAAUCUUUUCCUGGACAAUUUAAGUUUCAGGGUUUUGAGAUGUAAAUGUGUACCUUGCUUUAGUUUUGAGGCUGGGGAAUAUGUGUGGAUGUUUGUGUGUUUUUUCCCUAUUUAUGUGUUAUUGCAUUGGAAUCUCCCAGUUUUAUUCUCAAAUUUAUCUCUCUUCCGGUAUAAAGUAAGUAUAUCAAAAGAUUUGAGAUAUGUAACUGGCAUGAUUCUGCUUCUAAGGGAUCUUUAAGAUCAUAGUUAAGUGAUUUAAACUGAACCUAAACAAAACCCAAAGAAAUACAUAAAAAGCAAAAUGGCUAAGUAGUUUAAAAUAGGUUAAUUUGAACACAGGAAAGUAUCUAUUCAUCUUUUCUUUUGUCUCUUCUGCUGGGUUGUUAAUUAGGUGAAAAAAGAUCUGCAAUGGCCCCUCCCUUUUCUAAUCUGGCUUAUAUUUUUAUUUUGUGCCUUAAAAAUUAACUGCAAAAAUAAACAUGGCCAUAUCUUCGUCAUUGUUUACUUUUCCCUUUCAGCCUUUCACUCUUUAUUUCUCCUUCAUCUCUACCAUAGCACACCCCCAAAUAAUUUUUAAACCAAGGCAUGCAUAUAUUCAUACAUACGUAUAUACAUACAUAUAUAUAUUUUAUAUAUAUAUAUAUAUAUUUAUUCUCAUCUGUGGUGUCACUACAUUUAACUCCGAAAAUUUGACUUGCUAUUUUCUUCUAAGAAUAUAGAUGCUUUUAUUUUUGGUCACUAUUUAGCUCUGUGUAAAGUGGACCAAGAGAAAACCAUAUUGUGUAAGAAAAUUUUCCUUCAAACCUGUUUUAGUAUCCAUGUUGCACACUGUGUUAGAGAUUAUGAAAGCAAUUCUAGUUCAUUUUACCACCCAAAUCUAUCACUCAAUACUAAUUCCUUAGUAUUCUUUCAAAGGAAGUAAAUAAUAAAAUUCACAAAAUAGAGUGAGCUAAAAUAUCAAGGGGAAAGCAUCAUUUCCUUUCUACUCUCAUAUCAUCCUUCCUGUUUUAACCUUUUAACUUUGUUUUUGAUUGUGCCAAGUUGAGUCCGAUUUACCCUUUGUCAGCUUCAGAUAGAAUUUAAAGUGUAUCCUUUCAGGUCAUUUUAUGUAACAAUUAGAUAUAAUUUCCUGUGUAUCUCCGUUCCUCUUCAAACUGAAUAAAAUGCAGCUUAGGUCAUGGAUUUUCAAUAUGAGUGCCAGCUAUACUGGUGUCAGGUAGGUGUUUUGAGAGUAGAUAGUUUAGGACUGGAGGGCUGGGCUCUUUUAGGAAUAAGGAUGUGGUUGAGAAUAUUUUGAAAGAAAGUCAUGAAAUUUGUGAAAUAACUUUCUAGUUAUCUUCUCUUAUAAUAUUUGAGUUCAUAUUUUUGCCUUCUCAAAAUAAAUUUGUCAUUCAUUUUCCUGGAGUUGCAGGAGGGGUUUAUCCCUUUUGUUAGUGCUGUUUUGUUUGCAACUUUGAUGGCUUGUACUAGGAAGUAUUCUAGCUAUAAAGAAACUCUCUUUAGAGACUUUUUAACUGGUCAGUGUACUGUCAUCUUAGGCAUGAGGUUUGAUGAUGGAGAAAGCCUACAGAUUGCCAAAAAGUAAAUGCUCCAAACCCUCCUUUCACUUUCAGAAAAUGAGACCACAGUGAGAAUUAGUUUUCCAUGAAUCAAAUUUUCUAAUCAACUAUGUCGAUAUUACUCAUUUUAGGACUAAUGAUGAUCAUUUUAGGACUAAUGAUGAUGGUAAAGAAGUUGCCAACGUCACAACAGUGAACAUUUUGAAAGGAAGGAAUUGAUGAUCUUCCCAAUGUAUGUGAACACCUAUCUAUAUCUGCAUGUAUAUAUGUUUUUUCCUACAGUGGUUCAAUGUUUAUGUAUUCAAGAUCAUUCCUGUCUACAGAAUUGAAGCCCCAUGUUCAAAUAAGUCUUUAUUAGCCAUUUUUAUGGUUAACAAUUUGCUUAGGUAGCCUACAAAAGGUUCCCUUGAUAAACAUCUUUAUUUGAAUUUGCUAAAAAAAACUUUCAUAGCAUUAUAUAAUCAGUUGAAGAAAGCCCACUAUAAUGAAAAUAUUUCAUUCUUUUAGCCUAUAUUGUGUUUUCUGUUAAAGGGAAAAAAAAUAAAUUCUCAAAUAGUAACCCUUAAAAUAGAUUUACUACGGUAAAAUAAUUACUUAAAAUAUUUUAUUCCAGAUGGUGGAAGGAAGGUACAAAGAAAGACUGUAAUUAUUUAAGGAAAAAAUAUAUUUAUUAUAACAUAGUCCCCUCAAAUUAGCCUGCCAUGGGACUUAGGGGCAACAGUGAUACUGGAUUUACUGAAAGUGUUAGGUUAGAACACUAGACUUUUAUUUGGGGCAGGUUUCGAUGUUGACGAACGCUGACUUUUUAUUUGGUUGUUUCUUUAGUGAGAGAGAAUGGAGGACUCAACUAGAAAUAGCUACUGAUAACAGACUUUUUAGUAGCAGUUUACACUCCAUGGUUACCUUUUUUAAAAUUUUAUGGUAUCUUUUCACAAAGUAUUAAAAAUAAGCUUGAUUAUCCCAUUUUGGGAAUGCACGUUUGCUAUGUUUUUAGCCUGACAAUACUAAGGUAUUGCCUUAUUGGAAAUCCUGGAAACCUCUGAUAUUUCAGCCUGAAAUGUAGAAUGUUUAUAUGGCAUUUAAUGGUAAUGGUGAUGUUUGUUACUUUGCGCUUUGUCAGAGUAGUUUUCACCCUGUUUUAAGUGUGAGUAAGCCUCUUUUAAAAAUUAUGUUCUUGCUGGUAAAUUUAUAAGUUGCAUACAAAGACAUCUGUUGUUAGUAGUUAACUUUAUGAGGUAGCUAUAUCCCUCUAUUUCUGUAGACUCACUUUUUAAAAUAUGCAGAAUACUGUGUACUGUUUAACACAGUAUAUAAGUUUAUGAAAGAAGUGGAAAAUUUUCUUCGUAGAAAAGUGAAAAUUUAUUGAGAUACCAUUUGCCUCACAGAGAGGUGUUCCUUACUCUCCCCAUCCCCAUUGCCAGAUAAUGUAUCUUGAAAAGAAUGACCUAACGCAAAGAGCUUAGAAUCUUGGGUGCAUGUGUCUGAAGAAAUCCUUAGGCAGUCCUGCACCUUACAGUUAGUUCUCUUACUGCAUUGGGUAAGUGUUAACUUAGUUUUUGUUAUUUUGCUUUAAAUAUUCUCCAAAUUAUCAUUUAUGCAGCAAGGUUAGUGUUAAUAUUGCAUGGUAGCAUUUAAUUUGUUCCAUGAGUUUUCCAGUACUGUACAAGAUCAACAAAGUGUAAUGCCUGUGGUAUCCUCAUUUCUCACUUUUACACACUGAUUUUAGCACAGUAGGGUACUGCAGAGACCUUCCGAGUGUUCUGCCUGACUUUCCUUCUUGGGCCAUUUCAGUAUCCUCAGUAUCCUGAUUUUUUUGUGUUAUUUUAUCACUGACCUGUGGUUGGCCUGUUUUAUUCUAAUUUCUGGAGAAACCAUGUCCUAGUCUUAGAAUACUGCAAGUAACUCUUAUCUAAAACCAAUGUACGAUUCUACCUUCCUUACUAUUUACUGGGUAAAUGCCUGUUUUUUUUUCUCUUUUAGUUUUGGGAGACACACACACAUACACAUAAAUCAGAGCAAUUCUCAUGAGGAGUUUGUUAGUAUGGCAGACUUAUCUAAUUCCUGAAACUCAUUCAUCCCCUUGAGCCAGCCAAUGGGGAGGAAUACAAUAAUACAAACACAUUUUGUCUUCUCAUCUUCAAAUAAUUUUAUCAUGUUAAAAUAAGCUUUCCUUUUUUUAUUUGUAGAAUCAGCUAAGUACUCAUCAUUUAUAUUUAAAUGCUGUCCUUUGGGGGUGCAGAUAAGGUAACUGGGCAAUCAAACACCUUUUGGGGAUCCUGGCUUUAGUAUUUUAUCAGCCACUUCAAAAAAAAAAUAAAAAUAAAUCCUUUGUAGGAAACUUGCACCCUGGUUUUUGUUCAUUGCAGUUGAAAGUGUAAAUAGUAAGGCAAUGUAAUGUAAGACCUUCCUAAUGUCUAAUAUAAACUGGGCUUUAGCAAAUUGCCCUAUUUUUAUUAGGUUUUGAAGGUUUUUGUGGGAUUUUUUUCUUUCUUUUUUAAAUGUACAGUAGAUUGGUGUCUGUAUAAGUGUUAACUGUAGUGGGGUUUUGUCCAGCAAGCCUGAAAUUUAUACUUUGAAAUAAAACUACUGGAUUUUUAACAUU